AUGAGGAAUGAAGGAUGGGCGCAGACGGUGCUUCGGCCCGGCAGAGGUCGCGCAUGGACGGAACGGUCGGGGCGCGGGGCGGUGGCGGGAGCGUCCGGGGGAGGGCGUGUCCGCCCGCUCUCGCCCGCGCUCGGGCUCGGGCUCGACCGGGGCGGGCUGGCGAGUAGAAAAGCGGGGGGCGAAGCGCUUCUAAAUGGAGAGCGGGCGAGACAUCGAGGCUCGGGAAAAGACAGAAAGUUGGUGAAUGUGCAAACAAAAGCGUUGAGCGUCGCCUCGAAAGAGAGAGAGAGAGCGAUGGUGAUAAUCGUAGCGGGCACUAUGCAGAUGAGGUGGUGGUGCAGGCCAGAUGAUAUACGCCCAGGAUAG